AUGAGUGUCAAGUCCGUUAACGUCAGCCGCUUGAAUGCCGUGAACAGCAUAGCCAGUACGAAUAAUUCGGAACCCGAAGCCAACCACUACGGUCACCUCACUCUUUGGCAAUCAAUCAAGAAAUGGCGUCGCGUCGUUCUGUACUGUAUCGGCAUGACCUCUGCCAUCUUGAUGUAUGGUUACGAUUAUGUCAUUGUCGGCACCGUAUCAGCGAUGCCCAGCUUUCAGCAUGAUUUCGGUCAACAGCUCAAUGGAAAAUGGAUUCUGCCUUCACUCUGGCUUGGUCUCUGGAAUUUCGUGAGCCCAGGCUGCUCCAUGAUCGGUUCCUUGAUUGGAGGUGUUUUCCAAGACAGAUGGGGCCGUCGAGCAUCGCUUGCCUUGGGUUCCUUUCUAUCAGCCGUCGGUGUGGCCGUUUGCUUCGUAUCAAAUCUAUCUCCCGAUAUUCAUACCCGUCGCGUCAUUUUCCUCGUCGGUAAGGGCUUCCAAGGAGGUGCGAUCGGAAUGGUCAUGACGACUUCCCAGACGUACAUGUCGGAGAUUUUACCGCCAAAUCUCAGAGGACCGCUUCUCGCCUUUUUCCCGAUUUUUACGCUGCUUGGCCAGUUGACAGGUGCUGCCGUCAUCUUUGCGUGCCUCAACCUGGAGAAUGGAUACACCAUUUGCUUUGCAUCUCAAUGGCCGUUUUCCGCGCUCCCAUUGCUGAUGGCUUUCCUUAUCCCCGAGAGCCCAACGUAUCUGGUUCGCAGGAAUCAGAACGCCCAGGCUCACAAGGCUCAAACGAAGCUGGACCCAGCGGGUGCAGACCCCGAGGACACCCUCGAUACCAUUCGCCGCAAUAUUGAGCAUGAAAGACGACUAACCAAUGCGACCUACGUUGAUUCAUUCCGUGGUGUCAACCUUCGGCGGACCUUGAUCAUCAUGUUUUCCAACUCACUGCCAAACAUCUUUGGUCUGACCUUGCUCUCAAAGUCCAGUUACUUUGUGCAAGUUGUUGGUAUGAAGGCCAACCUGAGCGUCAUCGUUCUUAUCCUCGGCCUCGUUUGUGGUUUGAUUGCCAACAUUAUGAGCGUUUGGGUUCUCUCGAGAAUAGGACGCAGACGACUUAUCUUAAGUACACUAUCCAUCUUGGCGAUAUUCUGGACCGCCAUGGGAAUUGCGGGUUGCUGGUCGGGUCCUGUAAUACCAUGGUAUGUUAACAGCAACACCGUCACUCUGAGCACCACCUUAACUGACUGCGGCAGGUACACAUCCAUGACCCUGAUAGUGGUAGUUAUCGUGGCCGGUUUGGGAGUUUGGCCGGCCUCUCACGUCGUCAGUGCCGAAACCUCAGCGCUAUACCUGCGGUCCAAAGCCCAAGCCAUCGGCUGGUUUACUGCGGGAGCGAACAACUCCAUCUUCGGAUUCGUGCUACCAUACAUUUUCAACCCCGACAAAGGCAACCUUAAAGCCAAGACCGGUUUCGUAUUUGCCGGACUUUGUGCCCUCGGGCUUGUCAUUGCCUUCUUCCUGGUACCUGAGAUGAAGGGACGAACGCCGGCUGAAAUUGAUCGCAUGUUUGAGUCGAGGCUACCGGCACGACAAUUCCGCCACUGGACCAACUCAGCAUCGGAAGGGGAGAAGAAUGGUUCUGCUAGAGUUGCGAACUCUGCUGUGUAA